AUGGCAAAGCGCCUGACUUUCAGCCCCAUAAACGUUCAGAGGUACGGGACCCUCACCCGUCCCAUGGCUCCUCAUUUGGUGCAGGCAGAGCGGGCAUCUCACGUUCUGGGCAGAAAUGACCUGCAGCCAACAGCUGCAAGUCUUGAUCUGCUGCCCAGAAGGAGAUCCCUGAGACCCAACCUCACCAUGGAUCCACAGAACCAAUCCACCGUGACCGAGUUCAUCCUCCUGGGUCUGUCCAGUAGCACAGAAUUGCAGCCGAUCAUCUUCAUGCUGAUCCUCACCAUGUACCUGAUCAACCUGGCUGGAAACAGCCUGAUCGUCACGGUCGCCUGGACUGACCCCAAGCUGAAGACCCCCAUGUACUUCCUGCUCAGCCAGCUGUCCUGCGUGGACAUGGCCUUCUCCUCAAUCACUGUACCACAGUUCCUAGUCCACAUCUUUUCCAAGCAUAAAGCCAUCCCUUAUGGCAGCUGUUUUGUCCAGAUGGCCUUUUUCUUGGCCGUGGGCAACAUGGAGGGUUACGUGCUGGCCACCAUGGCCUAUGACCGCUACGUGGCCGUCUGCAUGCCCCUGCACUAUGCCGCAGUCAUGACCCAGGAGCUCUGCAUGCGCAUGAUGGUUGGGUCCUGGGUCCUGGUGACCCUUCAUGGUGCUCUGCAUGGCAUCCGGCUGUCUGUGGCAUCCUACUGCAACAAUCGCAUCCUGCACUUCUUCUGUGACAUUCCCUUCCUGGUGUCACUUGCCUGCCCCAAGCCCUUUCUGAAUGACCCGGUGGUCUUCACCGAGGGAAUCAGUGUGGUCGUCUCCCCCUUCCUCUUCAUCUUGGCCUCCUAUACCCGCAUCGGAGCCACCGUGAUACGCCUGCACUCGGCUGAGGGGCUGCGCAAAGCAGUGUCCACCUGCGGCUCCCACGUGUUGGUGGUGACACUGUUCUAUGGCACGGUAAUCCGCUUGUACUUCCAGCCCCCCGGCCACUCCAGCCUGGAGCAGGACCGACGUGUUGCUGUCUUCUACACGGUGGUAUCUCCCAUGCUGAACCCGCUCAUCUACAGCCUGAGGAAUCUAUUGCUGCUGCUGCUGAUGAUGGCUCUCCUGAACACCCACACCAGCUUUGAAUUCAGUGAGUCAUGA